CACACACCUCAUCCAGGCUAUCAGCAUCCCCAAGACCCUCAAUGCCCACCCUGUCUGAUGGCCCACUUGGUGGUUAGCUGUAGCAGCAUAUGUUCCCUGAGCUGUAACCUGUCUCAGAGGCAUGGAUUGGUUCACAGGAAGACCUGAUGCUUCUGAGACAAAUGAGGAGGAUCUCUCUAAUCUCCUGAGUGAAGGACAUCUCUGGCAGACAGUGGAUGGCAGUCAGCUCCAGAAGGCCCAGGCCAUCUCUGUCCUCCAUAAGAUGUUCCAGCAGAUCUUCCACCUCUUCCACACAGAGCACUCUUCUGCCACCUGGGACACCUCCCUCCUGGACAAACUCCACACUGGACUCCAUCAGCAGCUGGAGGACCUGGACGCCUGCUUGGUGCAGGUGAUGGGAGAGGAAGAAUCUGCCCUGGGAAUGACGGGCCCUACACUGGCCGUGAAGAGGUACUUCCAGGGAAUCCACCUCUACCUGAAAAAGAAAAAAGACAGCGAUCUUGCCUGGGAAAUUGUCAGAGUGGAAAUUAUGUGCUCAUUCUCUUCAUAUUCAAAUUUUCAAGGAAGAUUAAGAAGACCUCACCAGGUGCUCACUGUGAAGGUCAAAGAAGAACCUCCUGGUGCUUCCAGCGGAGAUCAGUCUUGCUAG